AUGACGGACUCCGAAGCCGAAGACCCGGACAAGGGAAUAAACUACAUGGUGGCGGCGUACAUAGCAGAAGGGGUGUAUUACUGUCAAUGCUGCAAGUUUGAAAGAGAUGAUAUGAUUUGCUGCAAUAUUCUGAGGGUAAUGGACAUGAAUGGCGUGAAACAGGUGCCACCAAGAUACAUCCUUGAGCGUUGGUCUUGGAACGCAGAUGAAGCACUCUGCCAGCAUGGAUCACAACAAGUACUCGCAGAGCAUGAAGAUGGGCCCAACACAACCAUGGAAGCAGUCAGGCGUGUGGUGAUGACAAGGAGAUUUACAAACACAGCAGAUGAGGCUUGCAAGUAUGAUGUGGUGAGUAGAGCAGUUGAGAGGCACACAAACGCGCUUGAAAGAGAGUUGGAGUCAAUUAAGAGGAGAAUGGAGGAGGAGGCACUGCAUCGAUUCCCAAAGAAAAGCAAGACUGCUCAUAUGUCAGCAGGGCCAUCAACAGACAACUCGGAGGUAGGUUCCGGCGCAUCCAACACGCACGUGCACGUGCGGAACCCUCCAAGGACAGUCACUAAAGGGCGACCAAAGCAAAUAAGGUACAAGUCAGCACUCGAGAUCCAAGCAAAGCACAAGAAGCCUACAAAGAAGACAGCGGCGGAAGCUUGGGCUACUUAG